AUGGCAGCGAGACCAAAUAUGUUGGACAACCUGACAGACCUUGAAAUCAUCCAGAGAUACAGGUUUGACCGUAGAGGUAUAGAGUACCUUGAGGACCUGUUGCGACCAUACCUUCAGCCAAGAACAGCCAGACAUCAAAGCCCAACAAUUUACGGAACAGCAAGGUUUCCGAAGGUUGUUGGAGUAAUUGACGGGACCCACAUUAAGAUACUGGCUCCAUCAGAGGAGGAGGAUAUAUUUGUGAACCGGAAGGGCUAUCACAGCAUAAAUGUGCAGGUGGUGUUUGAUGCCUUUGACAGGAUCGAGGAUAUUGUUGCACGUUGGCCUGGUUCUACACAUGACAGCAGGAUACUUCACAACAGUGGGCUGAGACAGCUUUUUGAAAGAGGCAUUGUCCAUGGUGGUUAUCAUCUGUUGGGGGACAGUGGCUACCCGUGCCGUAGAUGGCUGCUGACCCCCUACCUCAACCCUCAACCUGGGGCACAGAGUGCUUACAACAGAGCCCACAAAAUCACAAGAAGUAAAGUUGAGAGAGGAAUUGGGCAACUGAAGAGAAGGUUUGGGAUAUUGCAUGGAGAAAUUAGAAUGAAACCAGAGAAAGCCUGCAGAGUUAUCACUGCAUGCGCAGUACUGCACAACAUUUGCAAGCAGAGAGACAUUCCAUUGCCUGAUGUGGACAAUGAGGACCAAGAUGACCAGCCACAAAAUGCAAUUGACCCAAAUGCUCCACAAGUGGGACUGAGAUAUAGAGAUUACAUUGCAAACACUUAUUUUUGAACAAUUAGGUAAAUAUCUAUCAAAUAAUAUUUCCGUUAGACAUAAGGAUAAUGAUGUUGAACAAUUGUUUAAGUUUGAAUCAGAUCCAUUCAGUAAUAACAGAGAUAGAGUGAAAGUGCAUAAAACUUUAACCUGAAAUUCUAAGUAAAAAGGGGAAUAAUUCAUGACAAAUUGUGCCAGAGUUAUGCACCUUG